CUCACUACCGGGUGAGAGGUGAACCGACGCGAUCUCCCGCGCCGCCACGUGCUGCUGCUGCUGCUCCUGCUGCUGCUGCUGCUGCUGUAGCUGCUCUCUCGCAACACCGAAAGCUGCAUAAGCAAUAGCGAGUUCUAGAAAUGCUGUAACUUUAGGAAUUACUAUUAUACGAAUCUGUGUUUAUAUCGGAUAAACUUUUGAGUGAUUAAAAUUAGAGCGGAUACAUAGCCAGGCAUAGUUGACGCUGAGCUGUGUACAUGUAUACACCAGUAAUAAACACGAAUACAUAAUAAAUAUAUAUACCCCGGCAUGUAUAUAUAUUUAUAUAUCAAUUUUUGAAACACCCUCAGUCCCUCAAAGGACUGGAGCGUUGUAUUAAGUAUAGCUAUCCAUAAGCGAGGAAAAUAAAUGCAGUGAAGGUGGAUAGAGGGCAGGACGUGGAGAGGAUAGGUAGGGGAAGAAGGGCGGAGGUGAAGAGUGCAGAGGUCUAUCCUCGACGCGCAAGGUGGCACGUCCACCCGCACUUCUAGCCCCAGCUGCCUAGGACAGGAUGGUCUAGCCGGCCAACCAUCUCCGUCAGUCCCUCUCCACUAAGCACCUCUCAUCAGCCUAUCCUUCCCCCCUCUCAUCUAUCCCUAUUCUUCCUCGGUCGACAAUAAACAAAAAAAGAUCUAUCCAUAGCAGGGGAGAGUGAAUAGAAAAUAAUUACUAGAAAUCUGUGCACGUUAGCCCUAGCAAAGCGGGCACUGUCCCCAGUGGUGGGGACUGGCUAGGCAGUGAUCCCCGGCUCCAGCCCCACCUUGCCAGGAGCCUCGCCUCACGCAGGGGGCUGCGUCAGGAGAGCAAGAAUGAGGGGGCUGCCUCUGAGCAAGUGUGUGCUCCUCGCCCUCACACUCCUCAUACCUGUCUCACACGGUAUUGGUCCGGAGGAGGAGGCGCUCUAUAGUGCUCGGCAUGACGACAGAGACGAGCGCCCACGGGAGAAAAGUCGACAUCGCCAUCUUUCUGGUCGCUACCAAAACUACCAUCAAGAAGUCUGUGCAACCAAAAAGGGCUGGCGGGAACUACACGAAGCGGUAGACGUGGACGGGAACGAAGUAGUCAUCGUGAACUCCAUCGGCGGGCAGAACCAGACCUACUACAGCUACGACUGCGUCUCCCCCUGCACCGCUUGCAAAGGUGUGAUGGGGUACUCCAUGUGUAAGAUGCGCUACACCUACGUCAAGAUGUACUACCACCUCAGGUAUGGAAGACGCUCCAGUGAGCCCAGGUGGGACUUCGUCGAAGUCCCUUCACAUUGUGCCUGUGAGCUCGUCCCAGAGAAUGCUAUCGACGCUGAUUGUCCGCAGAACAGACAGUGAGUUACUACAGCGACCCCCGAAACUAAUUACCCCCCAGCAGCCGGUUCUCCCCCCCCUUUCCCCUCCCCCUCCACCACCACACCUCCUCUCCUAUGCCCCCCUUCCCCCUACCCCCAUCCCCCG